CUCGAUCUUUCAUUCCUCACAAUCCUUGAUAUAAUAUACUUUCACCCUCGCGAGACUCAUAGUAUCCGAUCGACCGUUAGGAACAAUGGCGAACACUAGCGAUCUCGUAAAACUUGCGCAAAAGCUCGUGUCGGAUGGGCCUCACAAAGCUGAACAUACCCCUCGCCGUGUACGAGGUCUGUUCAACGGCAGAUACGCGUUUGAUACGAUUCAAGCGUACCAUGUCUGGGAACAUCCCUAUUAUCCGCAAUACUACGUUCCCAUCUCAAGCUUCUCUCCAGAUGCCAGUCUAUCAAAGACUUCGCCCAUAGACGGUACGAACGGCGGCGCGCACCUCGGGAGGCUCAACGUUGGUAACCGCAGCACUAAUCGCGUACUCAUAUUCAAUACCAAGACUCUUCAAGACCUUGUAAAGGUUGAAUUUGGAGCAGUUGACCAAUGGUUUGAAGAAGAUGUGCCAAUCUACUGUCAUCCAAAAGAUCCCUACAAACGCAUCGACAUCCUUCAAUCCACCCGCAACAUCAAAAUCGCCCUGGAUGGCAUCCCGCUGGCGGAAAGCUCUAGCCCGUUGUUACUUCUUGAAACUACCUUGCGCACGCGCUACUAUCUUCCGCCUACCAGUGUCAACUGGCAACAUCUCACCCCGAGUGACACGGAAACAUUGUGCCCGUACAAGGGCCGUGCGAACUACUAUCAUGUGAAGCUAGAUGGGAAAGAGUAUAGGGAUCUGGUAUGGUACUAUCGAUAUCCGACGACGGAAAGUGCGCCUAUCGCGGGCUACGUAUGCUUCUACAAUGAGAAGGUCGAUGUGUGGGUCGAUGAUGUGAAGGAGGCAAGAUAAGUCCAAGGCCAACCAUUCAGAACACUGAUAGGUAGACCAGAAGCUAUUUAAUAAGAUUCAGGUCGAAGAUCUGGCUACCAUAGGUAGGGCUAAAUGGUUUCAGUGAUUUUUCUUUUACGGGGCUGUUGUCAUGCGUUGCAUCACGUCCGGAUUUACUCUAUGACUAUUAGUAACCAGCCGAAUACUCUACCCCCAGUAGACAAUGCCUC